GCUGCUGGAGUGUGGCGCCGCCGCGGGGACCUGGAGAGUCGGCAGGCAGGCGGGCGGGCGAGCUGGCGAGGGGGUGGCGGCCGCAGGGCGCAGGGCAGGGAUCUACAGAGAGGCAGCCUCCCGACGGCCAGCCUCGCCGAGCCCGGGACUGGGUCUGAUUGCUGGCGAGGCGGCAGCCCCGCGCGCACCAAAGAGGAGGCGGCUGCAGCGGCGGCGGCGGCCCCAGCCAUGCUGUGCUAUGUGACGAGGCCGGACGCGGUGCUGAUGGAGGUGGAGGUGGAAGCGAAAGCCAACGGCGAGGACUGCCUCAACCAGGUGUGCAGGCGAUUGGGAAUUAUAGAAGUUGAUUAUUUUGGACUGCAGUUUACGGGUAGCAAAGGUGAAAGUUUAUGGCUAAAUCUGAGAAACCGGAUCUCCCAGCAGAUGGAUGGACUAGCCCCUUACCGGCUUAAACUGAGAGUAAAGUUCUUCGUGGAGCCUCAUCUCAUCUUACAGGAGCAGACUAGGCAUAUCUUUUUCUUGCAUAUCAAGGAGGCGCUCCUGGCCGGCCACCUCCAGUGUUCCCCAGAGCAGGCGGUGGAACUCAGCGCCCUCCUGGCCCAGACCAAGUUUGGAGACUACAAUCAGAACACUGCCAAGUACAGCUACGAGGAGCUGUGUGCAAAGGAGCUCUCCAGUGCAGCCCUGAGCAGCAUUGUUGCAAAGCAUAAGGAGCUGGAGGGGAUCAGCCAGGCUUCGGCUGAAUACCAAGUCUUGCAGAUUGUGUCGGCAAUGGAACACUAUGGCAUAGAAUGGCAUUCUGUGAGGGACAGCGAAGGGCAGAAACUCUUCAUCGGGGUUGGACCUGAAGGAAUCUCCAUUUGUAAAGAUGACUUUAGCCCAAUUAAUAGGAUCGCGUACCCGGUAGUGCAGAUGGCUACCCAGUCAGGAAAGAAUGUGUACCUGACCGUCACCAAAGAGUCUGGGAACAGCAUCGUGCUCUUGUUUAAGAUGAUCAGCACCAGGGCGGCCAGCGGGCUCUACCGAGCAAUCACGGAGACACACGCUUUCUACAGGUGUGACACGGUGACCAGUGCCGUCAUGAUGCAGUACAGUCGAGACUUGAAGGGCCACCUGGCAUCUCUGUUUCUGAAUGAGAACAUUAACCUCGGCAAGAAGUACGUCUUCGAUAUUAAGAGAACGUCGAAGGAGGUGUACGACCAUGCCAGGCGGGCUCUGUACAACGCCGGCGUGGUGGACCUGGUCUCGAGGAGCGUGCACAGCCCCCCGAGCUCUCCUCUGAAGUCCUCGGACAGCGGCGUGAACUGCAGCAGCUGCGAGGGCCUCCGCUGCCAGCAGACCCGGGCGCUGCAGGAGAAGCUGCGCAAGCUGAAGGAGGCCAUGCUGUGCAUGCUGUGCUGCGAGGAGGAGAUCAACUCGGCCUUCUGCCCCUGCGGCCACACCGUGUGCUGUGAGAGCUGCGCCGCCCAGCUCCAGUCGUGUCCCGUCUGCAGGUCGCGGGUAGAACACGUGCAGCAUGUCUAUCUUCCGACCCACACCAGUCUCCUCAACCUGACCAUCAUCUGACCUGCUGGGCAUUCAUCGGACAGCCCACGCUCCAUGAACUACACUGUCACAAACUAUGAAAAUGAUAAGAUUGUGGAGAAAAUAAAUACUCCAACAACCAUCUGCCAUGCAAUGUU